AUGGGGAAAGUGGCGGUGGGGGCGGCUGUGGUGUGCGCGGCGGCGGUAUGUGCUGCGGCGGCGCUGAUCGUGCGGCACCGCAUGAAGAGCUCGGGAAGGUGGGCCCGGGCGAUGGCGAUUCUGAGGGAGUUGGAGGAUAAGUGCGGGACCCCCAUUGGGAAGCUGAGACAGGUGGCUGACGCCAUGACUGUGGAAAUGCACGCUGGCCUCGCAUCCGAGGGCGGCAGCAAGCUGAAGAUGCUCAUCAGCUACGUCGAUAACCUCCCCACUGGGGAUGAGAAUGGGCUGUUUUAUGCACUGGACCUUGGUGGGACAAACUUCCGUGUUCUGCGUGUACGGCUUGGUGGGAACGAAAAACGUGUUGUUAAACAAGAAUUUGACGAAGUUUCCAUUCCACCGCAUUUGAUGACUGGAACUUCAGAAGGAUUAUUUGAUUUUAUUGCCGAAGCACUUGCAAAAUUUGUUGCUACGGAAGGAGAAGGUUUGCAUCCUGCACCCAGUAGACAAAGGGAGCUGGGUUUUACCUUUUCAUUUCCUGUGUGGCAAACUUCAAUUGCCUCAGGGACCCUUAUUAAGUGGACAAAAGGCUUCAAUAUUGAGGAUGCGGUUGAGCAAGAUGUGGUAGGAGAGCUGACCAAAUCAAUGGAAAAAAUUGGACUUGAUAUGCGUGUUACAGCUUUGGUAAAUGAUACAAUUGGUACAUUAGCAGGAGGUAGGUACCACAAUCAGGAUGUCAUUGCUGCUGUGAUAUUGGGCACUGGAACAAAUGCUGCUUAUGUUGAAAGAGCGCAUGCCAUUCCAAAAUGGCAUGGUCUUCUACCUAAAUCAGGAGAAAUGGUUAUCAACAUGGAGUGGGGUAACUUUCGCUCAUCACACCUUCCGCUGACAGAAUACGAUCAAGCACUUGAUGCUGAGAGUUUAAACCCUGGAGAGCAAAUCUUCGAGAAGAUCAUUUCUGGCAUGUAUUUAGGGGAAAUUGUGCGCAGAGUAUUGCUCAAGAUGGCUGAAGAAGCUGACUUUUUUGGUGAUGUUGUCCCACCAAAACUGAAAAUUCCAUUCAUACUAAGGACUCCUGAAAUGUCUGCCAUACAUCAUGACUCAUCUCCAGAUCUGAAAGUGGUCGGGAGCAAACUCAAGGACAUCCUCGAGAUCUCCAACACCUCUUUGAAAAUGAGAAAGGUUGCUGUGGCGGUCUGCGACAUAGUUGCCACUCGUGCGGCCCGCUUAUCUGCUGCUGGGAUGUUGGGAGUGCUUAAGAAGUUAGGUAGAGACACAGUUAAGGACGGAGAGAAGCAAAAAUCGAUGAUUGCAAUGGAUGGUGGUUUGUAUGAGCACUACACCGAAUUCCGCACCAGCAUGGAAUGUACUCUCAAAGAGUUGUUGGGUGACGAAGUUGCUGAGCACAUUUCUGUCGAGCACUCAAACGAUGGCUCUGGAAUUGGAGCUGCCCUCCUGGCAGCCUCUCACUCCCAGUACCUUGAGGUAGAGGAGUCCUAA